AACCCGUGUAAACAUGAGCACGUGAAGAGCAAAGUGGGAGGCUCGAGAAGGAGAAGAAGAAGAAGAAGAAUAAGGAGAAGAUAACGAUUUCGCCAUUCCGAGCGGAUGUGCAUGUUUUCUGUGCUGAAACGCGCUCAUUUCCGUCGGGCACGAGCUCGAACGGAAGUCCCAGGUUUACGCUCCUACAGGUGCCCAACUGUUUACCGAAACCACCCGGGACCUUUCCCCGCGUACAGCGUCACUCCUCCAGGGACCGAGAUUUAACCCCGAGCUGGAGAGGAGCACUGAUUCGGUGUCUCGGCAUGGCAAGCGGACCCAGUUUGAUUUUGGCACUUCUUAAUCUUUGCAUCUGUUUUCUGCUGGCAGAAUCUACUUCAAAAUGCUUCAUUAAAGGUGAUGAAGCCUAUUGUGCCCUGAAAAACCUGUAUACGGUGCCAGUUUUGCCUCCCUAUAUAGCUUACUUGGAUCUAACCUUAAAUUACAUUAGUGAAAUCCAUGAGAAAUCCUUCUAUGGUUUGGAAGCGCUACAAAUCCUACUGAUCCAGCAACAGGAAGGACGACUUGUCUUGAGAAAUAAUGCCUUUAGUGGACUGUCCAAUCUGGUACUACUUGAUCUGGCAUACAACAAAGACCUACAAGUGGAUCCAGGAGCAUUUAAUGGAUUAUUCAACCUCCGGGUACUCAAUCUUACAGAGUGCAAGUUAAAUGGCUCUAUUCUUUCAGGAGACUACCUGAGACCUCUGGUGUCUCUGGAGCAGCUUUCACUAUCUGGAAAUAAUAUACCUAAAAUCCGUCCCGCAUCUUUCUUCGUCAACAUGAGCAAACUGCAUAUCGUAGACGUCUCUCGUAACUGGAUUUACAGUUUUUGUGAAGAAGAUUUGUUCCAUUUCCAGGGGAAACACUUCACUCUCCUCAAACUGCAAGAUAUCAAAAUGACUGACAUGACUCCGUAUUGGUCUGGAUGGAAUAAAUGUGGAAACCCGUUCAAGAACAUGUCCAUGACGCUGCUUGAUUUGUCUCAAAACGGCUUCAGCGUUGACGUCGCAGUGCUGUUCUUCAAAGCAAUCAGAGGAACCAAAAUUCACACUCUGAUCCUUAAUCACAGCGGCAGCAUGGGAAAGGGAGUUUGGUACAACAACCUGAAAGACCCAGACCAGAACACAUUUAUGGACCUGUCCGAGAGUGGCGUUAAGGCUCUGGAUUUGUACAGAGAUGGAAUUUUUGCUCUUAAAAAUUCGGUUUUCCGUCAUAUGCCAGAUCUGGAGGAAAUCUCAUUAGCUGCUAAUUUAAUCAACCAAAUUGAAAGAGAUGCUUUUAAUGGACUGGACAGUUUAAGAAUGCUCAUACUGUCUCAUAACCUUUUGGAUAAAAUUGAUUCUGGAACAUUUGAGAAUUUACGAAGUCUUGAGACACUGGAUUUAUCUAAUAAUAACAUAAGAAUACUUGGGUCUGAGUCAUUUCAAGGACUGCCCAAUCUAGCUCACCUAUUUCUGUCUGAAAAUUCAUUACAAUCCCUGCAUACACUGGCGAAUCUUCCCAAACUUACAGUAAUUUACUUAGAGAGUAACAAAAUUACAUCCCUGCAUGGUCUUCCAAGCCAAGCAAGAAACACCACAACGAUUGAUUUGCGGAACAACAGAUUAAAUAAUGCUUCAAACUUCUACACCGUAUUAGUGGAAUUCCCCAAUAUUGAAACGAUUUUUCUUGGAGGCAACGUGUUUUCGUGGUGUGUUCUUAAUGAUAACUAUUCUGUUUCACCUUUAAACAAGGUACAAUUUCUCGACCUUCAAGGUACCGGCUUGCAGAACCUCUGGUUACAAGGACGGUGUCUCGACAUGUUUGACCACCUUCACCAGCUGCAGACGCUUCUUCUUCGAAAUAACUUCAUGCAGUCACUUCCAGAAAACAUUUUCAAGGGACUCACCUCUUUGUAUCAUUUAGAUUUAUCCUUCAACUCUCUAACCUAUAUACCUAAUGGCAUAUUUCCUAAAAGUCUGGGGAUGCUCAAACUUGCUUACAAUCAUCUCGGUUCUGUAGAUCCACAAGCCUUCAGCACGCUGACAUUCAUCAGUCUGCAUGGGAACCGCUUUCUCUGUGCUUGCGGUCUGAGAGACUUACAGACAUGGUUAAAUCAGACAGAUGUGCAAAUGUCUUACCCUGCUGAGGAACUGACGUGUGAGUUUCCCGAAGCGCAAAGAGGGAAGCCUCUCCUGCAUGCUAAACUAUGUGAGGACGAAGAGGACGAGAAGAGCUUCGAGGAGCUGAAGCUCACACUUUUCAUCUGCUGCACCGUCCUUACUAUACUGACCACAACAGGGGCUAUCGUUUUUGUCCGGCUGCGUGGCUACUGCUUCAAGCUUUACAGAAAGGUGUUUGUUAGAUUAGUGGAGGGAAGCUCGAAACUGCCCGCUGAGGAUGACUUCAUGUACGACGUCUACUUAUGUUUCAGUUCCAAAGACAUGAAAUGGGUGACAAAGGCACUGUUGAAAAAGCUAGACACACAGUUCUCUGAUCAAAACGACUUACGUUGCUGCUUUGAAGCACGGGACUUCAUACCAGGAGCCGAUCAUCUAUCUAACAUGCGGGACGCAAUCUGGAAGAGUAAGAAAACGUUAUGCGUCUUGUCCAGGGAGUUCCUUAAGGAUGGCUGGUGCUUGGCGGCCUUCAAUCUGGCCCAGACCAAGAUGGAGAAGGAGGUCCAGGAUGUCUUACUGGUGCUCCUAGUGGACAACAUACCACAUUACAGGUUGAUGAAAUACGAACCGGUCAGAACAUACAUCCAGACCAGGAGGUACCUCUGCUGGCCAGAAGAUAGCCAGGACUUGGAGUGGUUUUACAACCAUCUUAAGCAAAGUAUAUUAAAAGACACCAAAAUCAAGCAAGUGAAAAAAGACGUUGAAACAAACCACGACGUGGCAAACUGUGAAGCAGUAACUGCUUUUUAACCCAUGGAUAUAUCAGUGGAAAGAUAUACCAAAUACAUGGUAACACAUAACGUCGUUAAUGUAUUAGUUACUAGAUGAAUGUACCUAUAAAACAGGCAGAUUCAUGUGUACUGAAGAUACAGUAUAUCACUUAGAUAAGAAACAAAACAUGAGGGUUUUUAUUUGGGGUGUGAUGUAACAAUAAUAAUCAUUUUUUAUUUACCGACUUACCGUUGAAACUCUUAAGUGGACAGUGUUUUAUUCCUCUUCCAAAUCCAAAUACAAUCACGGUUAAUUUUGCGGAAUAUCCUGUUUAUCACCUCCAUCGCCGGCCCCUCUUUUCUCCUCUAAGUUAAUAAAGACGAAUGAAUAAAUAAAUAAAUAAAUAAAUAAAUAAAUAAAUAACCCGCAGCUUAUCGUGUUGAAAAAUCACAAAGUGUCGAGACACAAAGAUCUAUGAUCAAACCUGAAACUUUACCUCUCAAUGUUCUGACACUGGAGACUCCUUCCAUAAAUAUUAAAUACAAGACCCUGUGUAAGAUGUUACUAUAUACACUAUAAAGUGUUAGAAAGAGUGCGUUAAUAUAAACCUGUGAUUUGCAGAUGCAUUACUGUCAGGACCGCUGGCCGAUGUGAAAACAACGGUAGAAACGAAUCAAUACUUUCUUAUCAGUUUAGAGAAGUCAAAAACACUGUGGUGUACCUAAUGUUUAACUACAGUCUAGUGAAACAUCUACAAAUUUGGACAUUUUUGUACUUACCCCAAAUGUAGUUCUUUUGUGUUAUCCAACCUUUAUGUACUGUUCAGCACUUAUCAGCCGCACAGCUUCAGGGUAUCUAUGUUAAGAAAUAAUGGGCUUUUUUUGCAGUAUUGUGGGACAAUUUUGGCCCAUUCCUUUCGGCAAAUUUUCUUCGAUUCCCCACAGUUACGAGAGUCCGCCUGAUGGACUUGCAAUUUUCAAAUCCUCCUCAAAUAUUCAACGGCUUUUAAGUCAGUAGAUCGGCUAAGUCAUCCAAGCAACAUAACCUUCUUCAUUAGAAACCAUUUUUAAGUUACGUUGGCUGUAUAUUUGGGGUCGUUGUCCUGGUGAAAUACCCAUCUUCUCACCAGAUUCAGUUCACUGGCCUCCAUUCGUGUCUCCUUCAAUGACGUAUAAUGCCCAAGUACCGAAGCAGACCCAUAUCAUGAUUCUCCCACCUCCUUAUUUCACCGUAGGUAUGGUAUUCUUGGAUUCCUAAGUAGAACCCUUCUUUUCUCUAAACAUGACGUACUGAAGUAUUACCAAAGAGAUUGAAUAUUGAAGUGCAAAUUCUGUGGAAUAAGUGCAUACGCACAUUAUGACACGGGUGCAGAAUCGGUAUAAGCAAAUGUGAAUGUACACUUAAGGGUCCAAUUGUGUUUUUGUGAUUGCGCAACUUUACUUUCCCUGGUAAUUACAGGCAUAAAAGCUGUACACUUGAUGUUACCGACCUGUAGCAAGCCUCCGAAAGUGCACUUCAAAACUUUUACCGAGUUGAAGCUCUGUGUGAAACGUCUGCUUUUAACCUACUGUCAAAGCACUGUUGUUUUAAAGACAUUCAUAGCAACCA